AUGCAGGCCCAGUUCGUUCAGGUGCAGGGGUACGCCUGCCAGAUAUUGGUUCUGGAUGCAGAUGCAGAUGCCUCCAAUAAAGGUAGACGUGAGGAGCUCCUCGAAACAACGAAGUUGGGCCCGCUUCACGAAGAUAUCUUUGGUACAUAUAGAGUCAUCACAAACUAUAUCGACCCCAAGGGCCGGUGGUGCUGCACACACGAGUAUCAUUCUCCCGGGGAUAAGAAGAAGAAGAAGAAGAAGAAGAAUGGCCGGCAUUGGGUUCACCCGGAUGGCAUAUAUUACUCCAAAAAUCCAGAUGGAAGUCAACAAUACAUACAACCGAUGCUGAAACAAUUCCUCUACGUUCCGCCACGAAAGGGGUUGGUAGACCUCUCAGAUCAGAUUGAUUGGAAACAGGUGUGCGAAAUACCCGACGCUUGCAUUUUAAGCACUUCGGAAACCAAAGGAGACCUCCAGCUAUUGCUGGACGGGAUCAAAGCACGAGCGGAGGUCACUCUCGCCAGGGAGCGAUAUGAAAAGGAGAAGAGCAACAAACAAACGGAAGAUUCUCUCGCCGAAGACCAGCCUACAAAGGUUAUUACCGAGAGACGCUCGGAAGUGACGAAAAAGACAGGAACGAAAAGGGCAACGCUGUUGAGCAAAGGCGGGCCUGAGAACGAGGAGAACGAGGCGAUGUCUCAAAUCCAGACCUCCACCCGACAAAUGCCCAAGGGGAAACCGAAGGCAAAGGAAUACGUUCGAGGUUGUUGGGUCGAGAUACAUACAAAAAGUCAGAGGACAAACACCCCAGACAAGGCAAGAGAAGCGGUCAAUAAACCGGUUGACGAACCUCCAAUCUCAAUCGAAGCACCUGACUCAGGCGGAAACGAGAUGCUAGGUGCAGAAACAGUGGGACAAGAGGAGCCUGAGGAGGGGCCAGGGGUGGACUAUGAGGAGGAGUGUUCUCCUGACAUUCCGGAGGAGACUCCAGUGGACUUGACAUUGCACAAUGAAUCAACCACAAAGCCCGCAGAGACAGGAGAGGCCACAACCAAAUCCUCGCGGAAGCGGAAGGCCAAGGAGAUGAAAAUGCCCACAAUGGAAAACUCGCUUGAGAUGCAGACAGCUCAACAGCAGCAGAAGAAGAGAAACAAGAAGAGCAAAAACAAGAACAAGGGCAAGAAGAAUUCGGAGGCGAACCAACAAAAGGAGAUCGAAGGGAACCACCAGAUCUCGAUCACCCCUAGGAUGCAGACACCUACAGGCUUGAUUUCAGACGAUGCGCCCAUCAAAAAUCCUUCGGGCCAAAAGGAAGUCAAAAAGAACGGUCAAAGGCCGAAGCAGACAAAAGCGAAAACUUCUGAGGAGCAGACACCUAUUGUAGUACGUUUGCCGUCGAACGACAACCUGACUGAUGUUUCGGCCGAAUUCGGAACCUGCAAACCUACAAACGCAGCAAAGGACAUGGCCACCUCUCAAAAGCGAAAGGCCAGGGAUAUAGACCACGAUCAGGCUCAGACUACCAGUGCUUCCGCUACGAAAAAGGUGAACACAGGAGCCAACGGCGAGGUGCCGAGCGAAGGCCAGAGACAGGAGAUGGAGCAGGAGAUUUACCGAGGAAAAAAGACCAAUCAACAAAAGAAUCAAAGGAAGCGCAAGAAUAGAAGGAGAGCGGUAAAUGCUACGAUGUCCUGA